UUAAAGUGCAGUUCCACCCAGGGGCGUAUUUACCAAAAGGCAAACAAGGCAUUUGCCUAGGGCGGCAUUUUUCGGGGGGGCAGCACCGCCCCCCGGAAGAGGGGACAGAAGAAGGGACACAUGCAGCAUGGGGACCAGGUGGGAUCUGAGAGAGGCUGCAGGAUGCUUGAUGGUGUAUGCAGAGCCCAACUCUCUUCUUCUCAGGGAUGUCCGGUGCUGUAAAGGUGUGAGUGUCUUUCUCUCUCUCGCCAGGAAGGGGGAGCUGUAUUGGGGGAGGGGCAGGGGUGGUGUUGGUUAAUGUCAGGAUCUCUCCACCCGGGGG